AUGAGCCACGAAACAAAUCGCAUCGAAGCAUUAAAAAAGCAAAUUAUCGCGGCGGAAGAAGGACUCAUCAAUUUAAAAGCUGAUCUGGCAAGAAUUGAAGCACAUGAGAGAACCAUAGAAUGGCAGUCGGCAGCUGAACCAAAUUUGCCCUUGACAUCUGAAGAAUAUCAACGAUAUGGGAGACAAAUGAUAGUUCCAGAUAUUGGAAUUCAAGGCCAGUCCCGCCUUAAAUCAGCUUCUGUCCUCAUCGUUGGAGUAGGCGGCCUUGGAUGUCCAGCUGCUGCCUACCUCGCGGGCGCCGGUAUAGGCGUUCUUGGACUAGUUGAUGGCGAUAAUGUUGAGUUAUCAAAUCUACAUCGGCAGGUUCUCCAUAAUAGUAGCACAAUAGGCAUGACCAAAGUUGACAGUGCUCUUGCCUUCUUACAACGUCUCAAUCCUCAUCUUACCUACCAAGCUCAUCGCACACAUCUCACUGCGCAAAAUUGCCAAGAAAUUGUUUCACAGUAUGACAUGGUACUGGACUGUACCGACCAUCCAACCUCUCGUUACCUAGUUUCAGAUAUCUGCAGCCUUCUCCAGAAACCGCUCCUUUCGGCUUCAGCUUUACGAUAUGAGGGCCAACUUAUGUUGCUCAAUUGGCCUCCUCUCCCCGCGGGCAACCAAAAUGGUGGUCCCUGCUACCGCUGUGUUUUCCCUAAAGCGCCACCAGCUGAUAGCGUAGUAAGCUGUGGAGAUGGUGGAAUCGUUGGACCUGUAGUAGGCGUGAUUGGAGUAUUACAGGCCCUCGAGACUCUGCAUUUGAUCACCAGUGGAAAAUUGAUACCCCCUAAACUUGAAGAAGAGCGAAAGGGGACUACAAUGCUUUUAUUCUCAGCACAUCCAAUCCUAAAGUUUAGGAAUGUCAAGUUGAAAGGCAGAAGAGAGGAUUGUAUAACUUGUUCAAAUGCGGCCAAAUUAUCACUUAGUAGGAUAAGAGAUGGUCAGAUAGAUUACAUGCUAUUCUGCGGAUCAAAACAGCCACAAACGACUAAUUUGGAUGCUGAAGAUAGAAUUGAGGUCAUUGAGUAUGCACGACUGAAAGAGCAGGACAUGGAGCACAUCCUUUUGGAUGUCAGGGAAAAAGUUCAGUUCGAUAUUUGUAAUUUGGUAGGCUCUAUCAAUCUUCCCUUUUCCACGUUUCAAAAGGAGUAUUCCCAUUUCAAAGAGAACGCCCGGACUGCUAGGCUACCAACAUCACUGCCAGUAGAUGCAUCCAUCUACGUUAUCUGUCGCAUGGGUAACGACUCUCAAGUUGUAACGAAGCAAUUAAAGGCCAGAGGCCUACAGACAGUGAAGAACAUCACAGGUGGAUUUAAGGCGUGGAGAGAGCAGGUUGAUCCAUCGUGGCCGGACUACUGA